AUGGCCCGCAACAGCACCGUUAGCCCUUACGUCGGCCGUCUCGGUCGCAGCGCCCUCUACUCGAAGAAGGGUGGCUACAAGCACGCUGGCCGCAAGCCUGCUGCUGCCGCCGAGGAGGCCCCCGUCGCCACCAAGGAGAAGACCGUUGGUGGUGCCAAGAACGCUGGCAAGCGUGUCGUGCCCACUACCAAGGCCCCGCGCUUCUACCCUGCUGACGACGUGCGCACCAAGAAGGUCAGCCGCAAGACUGCCAAGCCUGCCAAGCUGCGCGAGAGCAUCACCCCCGGUACCGUGCUCAUCCUCCUCGCCGGCCGCUUCCGCGGCAAGCGCGUGGUUUUCCUGAAGCAGCUCGACAGCGGUCUCCUGCUCGUCACUGGUCCUUUCAAGAUCAACGGUGUGCCCCUCCGCCGCGUGAACCAGGCCUACGUUAUUGCCACCAGCACCAAGGUCGACCUCGGCUCGUUCCAGGUUGACGCUAAGCUCGACGAUGCAUACUUCCGCCGCGAGAAGGCUGCCAAGACCAAGGCCGAGGCUUCCUUCUUCGCUGACCCCGCCAACAAGGCUCCCCUUCCCGAGAACAAGGUGGCUGACCAGAAGGCGCUUGACAAGGAGGUGAUUGCUGCCGUGAAGAAGCAGGGCCCGAUCCUUGCCAAAUACCUGGCUGCCACCUUCUCCCUGUCCAAGGGUGACAAGCCGCACGCCCUCCGCUUCUAA